CUAAAGUGCGUCAGACCGCAGAGCUCCGUCUGAUCUCCUCCCGUCUCUCUCUCACAGCUUAAAAUGCUCCAGCGUGUGACUCCUGACAUGUAAAUGGCGUCGAAGGUGCGUGAUGCUGUGCUCUGGUACCAGAAGAAGAUCGGUGCGUAUGACCAGCAGAUAUGGGAGAAAUCAGUGGAACAGCGAGAGAUCAAGUUUAUCAGACGGGGUCUGAGUAACAAACCGAAGAAGACCGGUCACGUGAAGCCGGACCUGAUUGACGUGGAUCUGGUCAGAGGUUCUGCGUUUGCUAAAGCGAAGCCCGAGAGCCCGUGGACCUCUCUGACCCGGAAGGGCAUCGUCAGAGUGGUUUUCUUCCCCUUUUUCUUCCGCUGGUGGAUUCAGGUGACGUCGAGAGCCGUCUUCUACCUGCUGCUGUCUCUCUACCUGCUGCAGGUGCUGGCGGCGGCGUUGUUUUUCAGCAUCUCCAGUCCUCACAGCGUCCCCGUCACCGAGGUGUUUGGAGCCAUCUGGCUGAUGCUGCUGUUAGGAACCGUUCACUGCCAGAUCGUCUCCACACACACUCCUAAAGCCAGCGGCGGCGGCAGCGGGAAACGCCGCAGGAAGUUGAGGAAAGCGGCUCAUUUGGACAUUCAUAGAGAAGGCGACGGCUCUAGCACUACUGAUAACACACAGGAGGGGGCGCCGCAGGGCUCGCUGUCUGCCGGCUCACGCAGCCUCGUGACUUUCUUCAGAGAUUUCUGGCAUGGUAUCUUUAAAGCGGGGUGUGUAUUUCUCUCUUUCUCUCAUCUCCUCUUAAGAUCUGAAUGGUUUUGUGCGUAUCAGUGUCUGUCUGAGGCUGCAGUUCCUCGCGCGGUGGAGAACAUGUCGGGUGAAGCGUCCAGUGAAGAAGACCCAGAGAACUACAGCGCCCUCCGUGGAGUGGAGCGCAAGAACAGCGACUGCACGCUGCGCAACAGAAAAGCUCACCCCUACAAGAAGCAUUACACUGCUGAGGAGAUGCUGAAGUCGGGCACCAGCUGCAGCUCGCGGAUGCAGGACUCUGAGAGCGCGCGGCACGAGUCUGAGACGGAGGAUGUUCUGUGGGAGGACUUCCUGCACUGCGCCGAGUGCCGCUCCUCCUGCAGCAGCGAAACAGACGCUGACGGAUCCGCAGCCUGUUCUGCGUCUAAGAAAGAGUUCAGAGACGACCCGUUUCAUCAGGGUCACGUGCCGUGGCUCCACAGCUCUAAUCCGGGCCUGGAGCGCGUCAGCGCCAUCGUGUGGGAAGGAAACGAAUGCAAGAAAGCAGACAUGUCUGUGCUGGAAAUCAGCGGCAUGAUAAUGAACAGGGUCAGUCUCUACACUCCAGGCAUCGGCUAUCAGAUCUUGGGGAAUCUGGUGUCUGUGACGCUGGGUUUGACUCCGUUUGCGUUCAGAUUGUUCCAGCACAAAGAGCCGGAGCAGCUGGUGUCUCUGUCGGCCGGUGAGCUGGUGUCUGUGGCCACUCUC